AAGCCUCUGAUUGCUUGAGUUGAUUUCUUGCGCAAAUCUCAGCAAAUGAGGGAGGGCCCUACUAAUCCCUACCCUACAUGACAAAAUCAAAACCCAAACGUUUCGAUCCAACGGCCAGAAAUCAUGCUGUGGCGUUGGACAAUACCAUGUAUCAUGACGGCGUACAAUAGCAAUCUCCCCUGUGAAUAGUUAUCGUUCUCCAUGGGAUGCGCUCUGCUCCCCUUCCGUUUAAUCACCCGCCACUUUCAGGUACCUUUGUCUUUCUUUUGAAUUCCAGGUUCGUUAUUGACCGUUAAAAUACUACCAAAUCCAAACCCCGUUGCUCGCAGGUCUGAUUGUAAAAAUUGGUUAGGAAUGUCAGAGGGAACAAAUAUGGUGAUGGGGUCUUCUGAGGAUGGGACAGAUAUAUCUCAAGAUGAUAAGGGCACCACGGAAGAAACACCUGAAGACGCGAUAUUGUUACGACAGACUUCAGUAAACCUUGUCCCUUUCAUUGGCCAAAGGUUUGCAUCCCAAGAUGCUGCUUAUGAAUUUUAUUGCAGUUUUGCAAAGCAAUGUGGUUUUUCAAUUAGGCGUCACCGUACUCGUGGAAAGGAUGGAGUUGGUCGAGGAGUCACGAGAAGGGAUUUCACCUGCCAUCGUGGUGGCUAUCCACAGAUGAAACUAUCUGAAGAUGGAAAGAUGCAAAGGAAUCGCAAGUCAUCACGUUGUGGCUGCCAAGCACUUAUGCGUAUUGUGAAGCGGGCAGAUUUUGAUGUCCCUGAAUGGCGUGUUACGGGCUUUAGCAAUAUCCACAACCAUGAAAUGUUCAAAUUGAAUGAAGCGCACCUCCUUCCUGCCUCUUGCACCAUUUCUCCAGAUGACAAGAGUCGCAUUUGCAUUUUUGCAAAAGCUGGAAUGUCGGCGCGACAGAUGUUACGAUUAAUGGAGCUAGAGAAAGGUGUGAAGCUGGGAUGCUUGCCAUAUACAGAAAUAGAUGUGAGAAACCUACUACUGUCUUUCAGAAAUGUUAAUCAAGACAAUGAUGCGAUUGAUCUUAUUGCAAUGUGCAAGAAACUGAAAGAUGAAGAUCACAACUUCAAAUAUGAUUUCAAAAUUGAUUGCAACAACAGGCUAGAGCAUAUUGCAUGGUCUUAUGCUUCAUCUGUUCGAUUAUACGAGGCAUUCGGUGAUGCAGUGGUUUUUGACACAACCCACCAUCUGGAUGCCUAUGACAUGUGGUUAGGCAUUUGGGUUGGAGUAGAUAAUCAUGGGAUGACUUGUUUUUUCAGUUGUGUACUUCUGCGUGAAGAAAAUAUGGAAUCUUUUUCUUGGGCAUUGAAGGCAUUUGUGAACUUCAUGAAUGGAAAGGCUCCCCAAACCAUAUUAACUGACCAGAACAUGUGGUUGAAAGAGGCUAUUGCUAUUGAAAUGCCUGACACUAAACAUGCCUUUUGCAUAUGGCACAUCAUUUCAAAGUUCUCAGAUUGGUUUUCUAUACUGCUUGGAUCAUGUUAUGAUGACUGGAAAGCUGAGUUUCUUCGACUCUACAAUCUGGAAUCUGUACAAGAUUUUGAGGAAGGAUGGAGUGAAAUGGUUGAGAAAUAUGAGCUUCAUGCAAAUAAGCACAUAACUAGUUUAUAUGCAUUUCGUUCAUUUUGGGCAUCAUCAUUUUUGAGGAAUUACUUCUUUGGAGGAACGAUGGAUAUAUGUCAGUCUGGCUCAAUUACUGCUUUCAUUCAGCGAUUUUUGAGUGCACAGUCUCGGCUAGAUUAUUUUGUAGAUGAACUGGCUGAUAUUGUUGAUUUCAAGCCAGAGUUGCCACAAAAGCUGCAUAAAGUUUACCUGAAAACAGGUUCACCCAUUGAAUCACAUGCAGCUUCUGUUCUUACUCCACAUGCCUUUGGUAAAUUCCAGGAAGAGCUCGUGUUAGCUCCACAGUAUGCAUCUUUUCCAGUAGAUGAGUAUUGUUUUCAAGUCAGACACCAUACUCAGAUUAGUGGUGGCUGCAAAGUCAUUUGGGAUCCUUGUCAAGGGCAUAUCAGCUGUAGCUGCAGUUGGUUUGAAUAUUCAGGCAUCCUCUGCAGACAUGUUCUUCGUGUUCUGUCAACCAAUAACUGUUUCCAAAUACCAGACAACUAUCUACCCACUCGAUGGCAGUGUGUUAGUUCAUCUUCCACUUCAAGGAUGCAUUCUGAGAAAAUCCAGUUACUGGAAUCCAUGGCUUCUACACUUAUGGCAGAAUCGGUUGAAACAGAGGAACGCCUUGAUGUUGCUUGCGAGCAAAUUUCCAUGGUAUUAUCACAUAUUAGGGACCUUCCUACACAGACACACGGUGAAAGUGCAUACAACUGCCCACCAGACUCCCUGAUUUUAACAGAGGUAGAAGAUUCUGGUGGAAUAGGUAACUUUACUAUUGAGAAUCCUGAUGAUCCAAUCACUCUAGCGAAGCUAAAAGAUAGACAGCCCAGAGUUGGAGUUGAUAUUUCUAGAAAAAGAAGGCAUCAUUCUGGUCCUUGCUGUGGGCAUUUUGGACAUGAUGCAACAGAUUGUCCAAUGACGAGAAGCGAACAAAUGAAUGGCACUACUCUAGGAUACUUGUAGAUUAAGAUACUGGAGAUAGUAGUUUUGGUAGAAACAAUCAGAUCACAGUUGUUGGUGUUCGUUUCUAAAAACAGUUCAUUUAUUCUUCCAAAUUUUACAUUGCAAAAAUUUGAUUUC